CGGCUUGAGCAAGCGGGGUGGGCUGGAGCAGGCGGGGCCGCGGCGGGCGUGGCGGGCCAGGCAGGGCCCGCGCCAGCCAGUCCGCUCUGCCGCAGCCCCGCGCUCCAGUCUCCGCCGCGCUCCGCUCCGACCUGCUCGCAAAAAUGUCCAGCCCUACAGAGACUGAGCGGUGCAUUGAGUCCCUGAUUGCUGUGUUCCAGAAGUAUGCUGGAAAGGAUGGGAAUAACAGCAAACUCUCCAAGACAGAGUUCCUAACAUUCAUGAACAAAGAACUGGGUGCUUUUACAAAGAACCAGAAGGACCCCGGUGUCCUUGACCGCAUGAUGAAGAAACUGGACCUCGACAGUGAUGGACAGCUAGAUUUCCAAGAAUUCCUUAACCUUAUUGGUGGCUUGGCCACAGCUUGCCAUGACUCCUUCCUGUUGGCCCAGAAGCGUCACUGAAGCCCCCUGAGGCUGGCCUCACACCUUCCCCCUGCCAGGCACUCAAGUAUCCUCUCCCAGUCCACACAGACGCUGAGCGCAGCCCACUCACCACCCCAUGUAGCCCAUUUCUACUGGAAGUAAUAAAACCAGAUUUUAAAAAUAAAAACCAAAAAAAACAAAAA